AGCGUUGUGCACACUGAAAUGCCAGCUUUAUUUGUUGGUCAAUUUGUUUAAAACAAUUUAAAAUCACCAAGAAGUAAGUUUCCACCGGAACCACCGACUGCAGAAAGCCUGCCUGGAUGGCAGACAAACCGGUCGCGAUGGAGGGCACCGUGCCGGAGGCCAAGUACCAAAAACUGGCCACAGAAUACUCAAAGCUAAGAGCCCAGGCGACGGUGCUGAAGAAGGCGGUGCUGGAAGAGCAGUCCAAGGAGGCCAGCCUGCGGGAGCAACUGCAGCAGUAUGCAACCUCGUUGCGGCGCACGGAGCAGGAGGUCGACUCGCUGGGCUUCCGCAACAAGCAGCUGGAGUCACGGGUGUCCCAGCUCCAACAGGAAAUCUCAGUGCAUGAGCAGCCCAAGAAGAAGGAUAAGGAUUCAGGUGGCAGGCGGGGAUUGCAAGGCAACAACCGGCAAGAAGCAGACACUUCAUCGGAUGCCGCCCAGGAAGCGCUCAUUUUCGAAGAACUGCAGAAGAAAAUAAUGGAGAAUGCGCAGCUGACGUCAUUGAUUGACGACAAGCAGCAAGAUCUCCUGCUGCACACGGAGCGCAUCGCAUUUCUGGAGCAAAAACUGGAGAAGCGUAUCGGCGACCAGAACGAGCUUGAAAAGCGACUCAGGAAGGAGGUAGACACGCUGCAACACAGGAACAGCGAGCUGGAAACCAAGCUAGUGGACGCAGCGAGCAUGCUGGGCAGCGAGGACGCUCUAAGCGCUACCGGCAGCGAUAAUACUCCACUCCACAAUCUCCAACAGCAGCAGAAUAGUAACCACCUGACGUCCGAGGAUCGCAUUGCCCUGCUCGAGAAGGAGGCGGCACAUUGGAGGGCUCAAUUCGAGGUGGCCAAGCUGCACCAGGCGUUUGUCUCGAACCCUAAUAAGGAUCUCAGCGCGUGCAGCUGCAGUACGGCGGCGGCGGGCGUGACUGUGCGACCGGCAGAGCCGGAAACCAAGGGAAGCCAGCGGGCCCGUGACUCUCUGCAGGAUCCCCAGCCGCCCUCCAAAGAGCAGCUCAUCUACAGUGUGUUCAGCAAGAAGUUCGAGGAUCUGAUGCGGCUCAAAGUGCAGGCGGAGUCCAAGCUGAGAUCCUACGAGCUGGAGGCGCAGCACCUGCAAAACUGCCUGGAGAACGCGACGCAUGAGCUUAAGGACAAAGACGAGCAACUGGCCAGCCUGGGAGGAGCCCUGCAAAUGCUCGAAGAGGAGUUGACCACGACGCGUAUUAACUACGAGGAGCAGAUUAGCGUGCUAACGGAGCAGGUCAUCAGCUUAAGCGACCAACUAGCCGCCUGCAAAUGAGUGUGGAGUGCGAUGCCCUGCUGCUUUGCUGUAUAUUAUUGUAAAAUAACUUACCGGGAACGUCAGCUUCCUCCUGUUUUGUUAUUGUCCGCCCUCGACGUGUAUAUAACUGAACAUAAUAUGUGUAUUAAAUAAUUCUCUACAGUUUAAA